AUGUCUUCUGCGACUGCCAACCGGCCAUCAGGCGCCAUGCCCACUGCUACACGACAACCACGAUUUCCCGAGUUCGGCGCAGCUCCUGGCAGACACAACAGCGACUCUUCUCAGUCUUCUAAUCUUGGACAGCCUUUUGGGAACGGAGCGACUUGGCAGCCGUCGGGAACAAUAUGGGGCAAUAAUACAAUCGGAAGUGGAUAUGCGAAUACUAGGCGAGAAAACACAAGACCCAGUGGGGAAAACAAGGAAUUCCCUGAUGGUCCUAGUGGUUCAAAGGCUUUGGCCGCUGAAUCCGAGGCGGAUACCUGGAGCACACACCAAAAUGGACCCUGGAACGCCCCAGACAAUACGUCUCCUACCUUGCAAUCCCACAGUGGAAGUACAUCCCCUUCCCAUACACGAAAUAGCAUUCCCAACGUCCCCUCUCAAACUCUCUCCGAGAUUCAAAACCCAUACCACCAAUCCCGCCCCUCUAUUGGGCAAGUAUCGAGCUUCAGAUCACAGCCAAAGAGCAAUCUGGAUCCAUCUUCUGGAAGCUUCAAGUUUGUGCAAAAGAAGGCGCAGUCAUUUUCCUUCAACGAUGACAAGGAGAACUCGGGCCAGUAUGGUAGCAAUGACGCUUAUGAUGUCGACAUUCCUGCUCGGUACCUCGCAAUUGGCAGCGCUUCCAGGGAUGGAAGUAUGCCACCAUCCAGGACUUCCGAAUCUGGGCGCAAUGGCGGAAGCAUAUCCUUUUCUAAUGGUACUCAGCCUUUCGGCUCCAUUGGUGGCCAUCACACACCAAGUAGCUCUAUUCAUUCUCAACGCCCCUCAAUCUCUGGACCCUCGGCCUCGUACACCAUGCAGAACAAUGGUUUGAGGUAUGAUCUAGGACAAAAUGAAACGGAAUUGAGCGAGAGGCUGGCCGGGUUUUCGCUUGGUCGUGAUGCUGAGCAGCCGAGUUCGUCUCAAGCUAACAACAACGUUGGCAAUUCUUACUCACCAAACCAUCCGGGUUUUACGCAGCAAGCCCAGUCGCUCAAUGGCUCGGCUAUGUGGGGUGAUGGACAUGGACCCAAGGCGAUGAACAACUUUGACCCCUACUCAAAUCAACCAUUCGCAAACCAAGAAUACUUCACAAAGGGGGCUCGCUUUGCGGAAAGAGGAUCUGUUUCACCAGCAGGAAGCGAUCACCGUCGAGGUCUCAACAGCCCCAAAUACUACUCAGCAAAUGGAACACCCCCGUCUGGACAAGAGCAGAUCUAUCGACCAACCUCGAGAGGCCCUCGGGCCCCUCAAGGACCCGGCGACCUGAACCAGAGACUCCAAAACAUUCAUUUCCAACAGCAAGCACAGGCAUACAUGUAUGGGGCCCAGUUCCAAGGCCAAUACCCACCACAUCCGUACGAAUAUAUGCAAGCCAACUUCAGACCAGGAAAUGUUCCAUAUGGCUACGCUAUGCCCGUUCCCUAUCCACCAGCCCCUGUCAUUCCCACCCGCCCAGCAAAGGACCAGGAUGUUGGCGCAGGUGUGAGGAGUGUUUUGCUAGAGGAAUUCCGCUCCAACACUAAAUCCAAUAAGAAAUACGAGCUGAGGGAUAUCUACAACCAUAUCGUGGAGUUCAGUGGAGACCAACAUGGCUCACGUUUCAUUCAGCAGAAGCUGGAAACUGCAAACAGUGAUGAGAAGGAACAAGUUUUCCGUGAGAUACAACCGAAUGCCCUUCAGCUCAUGACAGAUGUUUUUGGCAACUAUGUCAUCCAGAAGCUUUUCGAGCAUGGCAACCAGGUGCAGAAGCGGGUACUGGCUGAGCAGAUGAAGAAUCAUGUAAUGGAACUGUCAAUGCAGAUGUAUGGUUGCCGAGUCGUCCAAAAGGCGCUCGAACAUGUCCUCGCCGACCAGCAAGCUGAGCUUGCCCGGGAGUUGAACGCCGAUAUCCUCAAGUGCGUCAAGGAUCAGAAUGGUAAUCAUGUUGUACAGAAAGCCAUUGAACGUGUACCCACGGAGCACAUACAAUUUGUCAUCGAAGCUUUCCGUGGUCACGUACACACCUUGUCAGCCCACCCUUACGGCUGCCGAGUCAUUCAGCGGAUUUUGGAGUACUGCAAGCCGCACGAUCAAGUUGCAAUUCUUCAGGAACUUCACCAAUGCUCGGCAAUGCUCAUUACUGAUCAAUACGGUAACUAUGUUACUCAGCACGUCAUUCAACACGGAAGGCCGGAUGAUCGAGCAAAGGUCAUCAAGAUUGUAACCGCACAGCUGUUGACACUUUCGAAGCACAAGUUUGCUUCCAAUGUCGUAGAGAAGAGCAUUCAAUACGGAACAGAUGAGCAGAGACGUGCAAUCGUGGCCCAAGUCACCUUGAUGCACAGCGACGGUACCAGUCCUUUGCAACUCAUGAUGAAAGAUCAGUAUGGAAAUUAUGUGAUUCAGAAACUUCUGUCUCAGCUCAAAGGCGUUGAUCGUGACAGAUUUGUGGAGGACUUGAAACCCCAAUUAGCAUUAUUGAAGAAGUACAACUACGGAAAGCAGAUUAUCGCCAUUGAAAAGGUGAUUCAAGAACGCCAGUCUCAGUCACAUCACUCUCCAACAUCAAUCGUUCCACCGACGAUGCCCAUCGAAAUCGACUCCAGUGCACCAACUCCCAUGCUCACGAACGGACAAAAUAGUCCACAAAGCAGCAGUCUUCCCAGCACAAAUGCCAGCACCAUUGAGGAUCCUACCGACGUAGCCGGCAAAUCCGAGGAGAAGCUCUGUCCAGAAGUCGUCAUCCACGGGUUGUGA